AUGGCUUCCUUCGGCCACCACCCGUCGUCGCAUUCCGCCCCUAAGCAUCACCAUGCUCCCUACGGCGUCCCCGUCCCUGCGCCGGGUGCCGGUGCCCCUGCCGGUACCUUCGCCCCUGGCACCAAGAUCCAGGUCGGCAGCCACCGUGUCGUGAUCCAAAAGUACCUGUCCGAGGGCGGCUUUGCCCACGUAUAUCUCGUCAAGAUGCCCAAGCCCGUCGACGGCACCGACCUGGCUGUCCUGAAGCGAGUCGCCGUCCCCGAUAAGGAUUCCUUGCGGGGCAUGCGCAUCGAAGUCGAGACGAUGAAGCGCCUCAAGGGGCACCGGCCCAUCGUCACAUAUAUCGACUCCCACGCCUCGGAACUUGGCAACGGCGGCUAUGAGGUCUUUCUGCUCAUGGAGUUCUGUAACGGUGGCGGCCUGAUCGAUUUUAUGAACACCCGGCUGCAACAUCGCCUGACGGAGCCUGAGAUCCUCAACAUCUUCACUGAUAUCGCCGAGGGUGUCGCGUGCAUGCACUACCUCAAGCCGGCGCUGCUGCACCGUGACCUCAAGGUUGAGAACGUCCUUAUUAACUCCAACGGCUCAGUUAAGCGCUUCAAGCUGUGUGAUUUUGGAUCUGCCUCGCCCCCGAAGCCCGCCCCGACCACCGUGGUUGAAUGCCGUCUGAUGGACGAAGAUGUCCAGAAGCACACUACUCUCCAGUAUCGAAGCCCUGAAAUGAUCGAUGUAUACCGCAAGCAACCGAUGAACGAAAAGUCAGACAUUUGGGCCCUGGGAGUUUUGUUGUACAAGCUCUGCUACUAUACAACGCCCUUCGAAGACCAGGGCCAAUUGGCUAUCCUGAAUGCUAGCUACAGGUUUCCGAGCCACCCAGUAUUUUCCGACCGCCUUAAGAAGUUGAUCGCUUCAAUGUUGAGAGAAAACAUGCAAGCAAGACCUACCAUCUACCAGGUCCUAAAGGAAGGUUGCGCCAUGCAGGGAAAAGAUAUUCCAAUUCAUGAUAUUUAUGCCGGUCGUUCCCACACCGAGCCAGGACGAACUGAGGCCCCUCAAUCUAAGGAUUACAAGACAGAGGCGACGCCGGUUGUUGGCGCCGUCUUUACGAGAGCUGCGCCGGUAAAGGAGGUCAUCCCCGACGUCGUACCAAUGAGGAGAGGCCGCCCAACGGUGUCGCCGUCUCCAGCAGCCAGACCUGCGCAGAAACAAGAUCCCUCACCAAUGAGAAGGACUGAUGGCGACCCGUUCGCUGCCCUAGAUUCCAAAGCCACUCCGAAGAGCGGGUUUGACGAGCUGUCCUCGCGCUUCCCUACUCUUGAUCAAUUUUCAUUGUUACAUGACCAUGGCGCCAAUUUCGAUUUCGACAACUCACCGACCUCGCCACAAGGCCCGGCCCCGUCGGACCUCAACCAGCGAGUCACUGAAAGGUUGGCUGAUGCGGCAUUCGCAGCACCUCAGCCGGCCACCUCCCAGUCGAGGUCAGCAUCAAGACCACACUCGGUUACGCCAGUCGGAAAUCGGCCUGCGCUCGCAACGCCGCCAUCAGACCCUGCUCCCCCUAGCAGACCAGAAAUCAGCCGAGCCCAAUCUAUCAUCAGCAACAAUCCCGAGCUUCAGGCCAUCUCUUCUCAAUCUAACUCAAGAUAUGUAUCCACCGGUACAAUGACGGCCACUCCCCCGUCCGAGUCCUUCGCGAGGGACGUGGAUCGGUCCACCCAUCGUCUCUCUUCAGAUUACUCUCGUUCAACUAGUAUGCCGAGGCAGCCUGAACAGACCAAGGGACAAUGGGCUUCAGAGGACACACGCUCUGCGGCUAAGCCAAGAGUAUCUUCCUAUCAACCGCAGCCGACCCAUGUGCGACACCCAUCAUCAUCACGGCCGUCCCUGGAGGGUGGUCGCCCUCGCGCCGACUUCCUGGAGCCUACUGCUCGCCCGAACCCGCCUGUCAACCGUCCACGUCCAGCAAGCACGAACCUGGAGUCCACUACCCUUGACUUCUUGCGCGAAAAGGAGGCGGCUUCACGACCACCUAGUCGACCGGUGCAACCGUCCCCACAGUACUCCCCACAAGUUCCAUCCCCAAACCUGGACCCUACGGCAGACGACGAUGCACGCGUGCCAUCCAGUGACAUGGAUUUCUUGAGAAGCAUGGAAGAUUCAGAGAGGGCCAAGUCUAGCAAACGAUCGAGUCUCACCUCCUUGUCUGGAAACAAGAACAUCCUGGCUGGAAAGUUCGGUGAUGCCUUCAAGCGCUUCGAGACCAACCCCCCAAUGAUUAACCAUGGGGGCAGGAGAACCCCGUCGCCCAGCAAGGAUAUUGGACGUCGAGAUUUAACUCCCAUCGCAGGCUCGGAAGCGACCGAUGGCCGUAGUGACGAUGGCCACAUUGACGAAGACGCUAUGACACCGGAAAUGCGACGCGAGAUGGAACGUCUCCAACUGCAAGAGGAAGAGCGACGUGUGGCCGCCGGACAGGCAGAAUACCGAAGGCGCGUUGCUACAGGUAACACUGGACCAGCGGUUCCACCGAAGAACAUUGGAGUAGCUCGCGCUGUUAGCAUCCAGAACCGAGUUCAAAGCCUGUUGAGUGAAGACCAGCGCCCCUCGAAUGUGUCCCGUACCGCCCAGGGCUACGGAAAGUACACGGACAGUGCCGAUACCGGGAGCAAGGCCGACAAGGCUCAACCAGGAGUCCCCAGGAAGCCCCUGAUCGUUUCAAAGUCCCGAGUAGAGCCUCCCUUUCAAUCCCGAAGCUCUGCAUCAAUAGGCAAUGGCUUAAUUGGCUCUUCUUCCGCGCCGCCUAUACUCGCACAGAAGCCUCCUGCUAAGCCAGUGGCCCCGAAGAAGCCAGUUCAUCUGAAUAGCAUCCCUACAGGAGGGCGUCCAGCGUCGCCGCCUAAGCAGAGCCGGCCUGCCCUUACCCAGGAGCAGCUUGUUGGAAUGGAUAUUCCCGGCCGACCUAUGCUAGACAUGACGGCGAGGGAGAAGGACGACUACAUUCAGGAUUUUACGAAGCGAUUUCCCAGUCUUGGAUCGAUUGAGAUGGUGGAACGCGAUAUCGGCUCCGAGAGUGGACGGACUGGGCGAUGA